CUAUGGUGUGUGUGCGAGUAGUUAGCUGCCGGCGCAAGAGCGCGAGUGCUUGGUGUGGGUAUAAGGAUAGUGACUCGUUUGAAAAACUCGACAUUCCAUGCGUGGAUUUUGUGCAGUACGGAAGGAUUUCGACAGUGCGUGCGUACGUGCGUUCGGAAAAAUACAAUUUAUAUACAAAUCAUUACAAUUGCUCUUAUUUGUGGGCAACACAGACACACACACACACACACAGGUGGAUAUACAAAUAAAAAAUAUAAACAAACAAAUGGGUUUGACAUACAAAGCAUUGAAGUACAGAGACAUCAAAAUGAAUAUGACCAAAGCGAAGGCGGUUGAUGGUGAUGAUGAUGAUGGCGGUAAUAAUGGUGGCGCUGAUGUUGAGUCAUCAAAUCAACCAGCCUCAGCGGUAGUGAGUAGCGAGGCAUGCACACCACUAAGGGAUGCAACACCAGCGGCAACGGAUAAAUCGCAAAAUUUUACCGCAGAACAUAUAAUGCAACUGUGCUUAUUUCUGGCGGAAAAAUCCAGAGCAAAGCAACUCCAGCAGAAUCAGGAAAUGAAUGCCCGCAGAUAUUAUGAGAACUUUCUUAGAGAAGCCAAUGAAUUUGUGGAAGAUGAGCAAACGCAAGGAGACUAUGAAUAUACAACAUCUCACAACCCAAUUCAAAGCAUAAGCAAUGAAUGCAAAUCAGCACAAAUUAAAUACAACAACAACAACUCCAAUUCAUUACAAGUCAGCUCACGCACCGGAAGACAAACAAAUCUUAAAUCAGAAACAUUUUCAACGCACACAGUUUUAACAGAUAAAUGUAUAACUAUGAGCAGCAACACUCUGCCCAAUUCCAACUUACUUCCUGAGGUAUAUGAAAAAUUAGCGCAAAACUCGCACAAUUAUCAGCAGCCACAACAAUCGCAACAACAACACCAAGACAAACGUGAUAUUCUACUGAAAAUACGACAACAAAUUUUCGAACGAAAACGCUUGAGACAAGUGCUUAGUGGCGGUGGGCAGCUGGAGCAUAGUCAACAAUACCUACAACCGCAAUACCACCAGCAGCCUGUCGGUUCUCAGUCUGAUUACAGCAGCGCUGAAUUGGAACGGCAAGCUGAGCUGCAGCAAAUGGGUGAUGUCUGGCGGCCUUGGUGAGGGAAGCGACAAGUAUUAGACUAAGCGAUGGGU